ACUGCAUAGUAUCACCGGCGUGCCCACCAUGUCAGACGAGGCCAUGGAUACCAGCUCCGAGAUCACCACCAAGGACUUAAAGGAGAAGAAGGAAGUUGUGGCGGAGGCAGAGAAUGGAAGAGAUGCACCUGCUAAUGGCAACGCUAAUGAGGAAAAUGGGGAGCAGGAGGUUGACAAUAAGGUAGAUGAAGAAGAGGAAGAAGGAGGGGAGGAGGAGGAAGGUAAUGGUGAGGAAGAGGAUGGAGAUGAAGAUAAGGAGGCUGAGGCUGCAAUGGGCAAAGGAAGGGCAGGUGAAGAUGAUGAGGAUGACGAUGUUGACCCUAAGAAGCAGAAGACUGAUGAGGAUGACUAGACAGCAAAAAAGGAAAAGUUAAACUUAAAAAAAGGCCACCGUGACCUAUUCACCCUCCACUUCCCGUCUCAGAAUCAAAACAUGGUCACCUUCGAGUAGAGAGUCCCGCUCGCCUACCGCAGGCAGCGCCACACGCAAUGACAUGCGCUCUCCACCACCCAAUCAAAACCACAACGUAAAUU